GAAAAUGACCAUAAAUAAAUUGUAACAAUAAAACAUUUUGAAAACUUAAUCAUUCCAACUAACUUCAUUUGCAACACCGAAAAAAAAUGUAAACAAAAAUAGAACUGUCUCGGAAAAUUACCAAUUUGCAGUAAGAAUUAUACAAAAAAAAUAGAUAAACUACAUAUUUAUAAAAUCACGAUAACAAAAAACAAAUGUGUAGCAAGUACUCUAAAUAAAAACAGACGACUGACUGUGUUACUAACGUAUAUAGAACAACAACAGAGGGGUUGCAUACACUUAUGUGGUUAAAACAAAAGAUAUUAACUUCAAAACUUUAUAUAAACAAUUGCAUUUGGUAAGAAUGUCUCAUGUACGUUAUGAUAAUCAUAAAUAUGCCCGCCUUAAUAAUCAGGAAAUCAAAACUCAACGCUCCUAUUCGGAUGAUGAAAAUGAAGAAAUCGAUUUGGGCACUGAACAGCGUUUAAGAUAUUCUGCCGAAUCGGAUGAUAAUGAUGAUGGCACUAACAAAGCACAACAGCAAAAUGGUUAUUUAAGUCAUCAUGAUGAGGGCAAUGGCAGUCAUACAAAUGAUAGUGGCAUACAUAACAGUGGCACCACUGUUACCCUAAGAGAUCGUCUAAAUGAUUCGCGUCUAAUGCAAAUGGCCAUUUGUUCUUUACUAACCAUACUGCUGUAUCUAUUGCUGUCAAUAUGUUUGACCUUUUAUCAGAAGGCUUUAAUUAAGGAAUUAAAUUUUCCCUUGAGCAUUGUCAGCUAUCAUUUGGUGCUAAAGUUUAUAAUGGCUUCCAGUGCCCGUGGCAUUUACAAGGCUGUGGUGGGCAAAUCAAGAAUUCAAUUGGAUUGCCGUACAUCGGUGAGAAAAAUGGCACCCACGGGUUUAGCUAGCGGCAUUGAUAUUGGAUUUUCAAAUUGGGCCUUGGCUUUGGUGUCGGUAUCGCUGUAUACUAUGACCAAAUCAUCGACAAUUGUGUUUAUAUUGAUAUUUGCCAUAAUGUUGGGAUUGGAGAAAAAGAGUUGGUCGUUAGUAUUUAUUGUGGGCCUUAUCGCUAUAGGCCUAUUUAUGUUUACUUAUAAAUCAACACAAUUCGAUACAUUGGGCUUUAUAUUUAUAUUGGUGGCCUCCUUAAGUGGUGGCAUACGUUGGAGUUUAGCACAAUUUGUUAUGCAAAAAUCUAAAUUGGGUCUACACAAUCCCAUCGAUAUGAUAUAUCACAUGCAGCCAUGGAUGAUAGUAGCUCUCUUGCCCUUCGUUAUAAUAUUCGAAGGCAAGGGUUUAGUUCAUGUUUUCGAAAAUAUGGGUAAUUACAAAGAUAGUGCCAUCUAUAUGGUUUUACUGAAAAUAUCUGCGGGUGCAACAUUGGCAUUUUUCAUGGAAGUUAGUGAGUUUAUGGUAUUGUCGAAAACUUCCAGUUUAACACUGUCAAUAGCGGGUAUAUUCAAGGACAUUUUUCAAUUAGUUUUGGCUGUGGAAUACAAUGGUGACCAAUUAAGUUUAGUUAAUGCUUUGGGUUUGGUGGUCUGUUUGGCCGGCAUUUGUUGUCAUGUCGUUCACAAAUAUUCCACCUUAACCAAAUUGCAAGAAUUAAAUACAUACGAUGAAUCUUCGGAUUUGCAUUUAAAUGAGGCUUCUCUAAAUGGUGCCGGUUGUGCUGGCGGCCUUUCCUCAACAACUACAAAUUCCUCAAAUAUGAAUGAUUAUGCUUUUGCAACAACGAAAAAACAUUCCGCUUUAACUGUUCCUUUACUAGAAGAGACCGAUUCGGAUGAUGAGGACACAUCGCCCAAUGGCAAUCAAGAUAAUUCUUCAGAUGUUAUAUUUGAUAUACUUAAACGUCGUGAUAUGCAACGAUGAGUAUGUGAUGAAUGUAUGUAAAUAUUAAAUAUCAAUAUGUAUGUACUAUAUUAUUAACUUUGCUUUAAACUAUAACUAUAAAAGAAACGUAUUUUUUUAAUUCAAUUGUAUUUUUAAGCUUUGCGUCUAAUCAUAUAGAGAAGAGUUUAACAAUUUUAAACAGUUGCUAUUGACCAGAUCAGAGAAUAAACACAUAGAAGGGAAGGAGAGAGAAAUGUCAGUGAAAAAAUUACGCUCUUUUCACACAUAAGGGUGAUACAAUAACAGAAUACAUUUUCAUGAAUUAGGUUUUUGACAACAGAUUAAUUUUUUUGGCUCUCAGUUUCCAUUCUAGUUGUCAUCAAUGUAGAAAAUUUAAAUGAUAUUCUUUAUAAUUUUCUAACGAGAGAAAUUUUGAGAUUUUUGUGAAAUCAUUGGUUCCGGACUAGUCUUGGUUCGAGAAAAUCUUUCUUGAAAAAUUAUGGUAAAUUUGUGAAAAAAAACUUUUUAGUAAGAAAUUCAGUUUUUUGAAAAUUUUUUCAUCCAAAAAAUCUUUUUUCAAAAAUUUUCUAAUGUGUUUUUUUAGUAAAACAAAAAUUGUCAUUAAAAAGACAUAUCGUCACCUAAAAUGCAAAAGGGUGUAACAACCAAAUAAUUCAAAAUUAAGUUUUUAAUGGAUAUUGGUACAGCGCACGUCUUCACAAAUUUUUUGCAUUCUAUUUUAAAAAAAAGCGAUUUUAUUAAAGGAAGAAAAUCAUAUUUGCAAUAACACUUUAAAUUUUAUGUUUUUUUUGUGUUUUUUGUCUCUCCUGUAAAAUUUAAAAACUGUUUAUACGUCCUUUUGCAUUUUAGGUGACGAUAUGUUGAAUUUCAAUAGCAAAAUUCCUAUAUUUAAUACCGAUCAGUUUCAUUGUUUAAUAAAAUCUCUCACAGUUAUAAAUAAACUGAAUAAAUGUAGUUAGACUCUUUAAAAGUUUAAAUAAUGUUUGUUAAUAUAAGUAAUUGCAUGUGAAUAAAGUGACAACGAUAAAUAUGUUUUCCUCGCUUCAAUGUAUGUAACUUUUUUUUAAUAUAAAAACCCCUCCUCAUCCCAGUAUAUCAAUCACCAUUGUAUAGAAUAUAUUAAAUAUUAAACAACUACUUACGAUUUAUUAUAUAAUUUUUUUUAAUUUUAUUAAAGCACGAACACGAAGAGUUAAAGAUUCUUGUUAAAACAUUUGUGUAAAAGAUUCCUUUAGCAUUUCUAGUGUAACAACAAUAAAGAGAAAGACUUUAAUUAAACAUUUUUAAAUUUAGUUAUAAUAAUUUGUUGUGUUUUAUAUAUUUUUUUUAAAUAUCUUGUUAAAUAUUAUUCCAUUUACCUGCAAUUAAAAGAAAUUUAAGUUUUUAAACAAUAUUUUUAAGUGUAGUAAUAUGUGUAUGUGUGAUCGAUCGAUCGAUCCAUCAUGAUUUGUUACGGAGUCUGGAGAUUUUGUAGAAAUUUAAUUGGCCAUUAAUAACUGAAAUUUAAAUUUAUAUAAAUUAGCGGAUACGAUUAUAAAAAUUAUAGAACUACAAUAAACAAAAAAUAUUAUAAAAAAAACAAAAAAAA